UUUUCUCGGUAUUCACCCCUAAAACAUCGUGACGCCAUGGCAGGUGCACUUCAGGGAGAGAAGCUGCUUUUUGAGAAGUUCUGGCAGGGCACGUUCAAAGCCGUGGCGAUGCCGAGACCCGAGAGCAUCAUCGUCGCCAGCAUCACCGCGCGGAGAGCCGUGACAAAAUUGGAGGCAGUAGUUAGCCUAGCACCUAAAGACGAUGAGGAGAAAGCGAAAACGAAAGAUGCGGUUGCAAAAACCCACAAGAAAAAUGGACACGUGAAACGCAGAGGACGUAAACGCCACAGCCACCGUCGAGCUCGCAGUGUCUCUUUUGAUGCUGAUCUUUCCCCUCGGCCGGUGCCUAAAGCAAAGAAAAAGAAGAAGAAGUCACAGAGAAAGAGGAGGAGACACAGAUCUCCCUCCUGCAGUCCAUCACCUGUGAGGAAGAAGAAGAAAAAGAAGAGCUCAAAGAAAAGGAAGCGACAUAGGUCUGCCUCAAGGAAGGGACGACACAGUGGCUCGAGUCCCAGACGUAAAAGAAAGGAGGACAAAAAGCAUAAAAAGAGGGCAAGGAGCCACUCUCAUCGCAGACACCGGCGCCGGAAAGCAGAAAUUAGGAGUUCUUCCUGCAUGGCAAACAGAUAUGAAGAUUGUGAAAAAUCUGGUUUGCAAGACGGUGGCCGUUCAUCAGCUGUCCAUGGAGGCAACACAUGCAGGUCGGCAAUCAAGCUGACCAGUAAAAUCUCCUCUAAGUGCUGCUGCCACUUUUCUGAAAGCACCAUCUCGCCAUCACGUCCUGGGGUUGAGGGUUUAAACAAAAUGGUGAUCGUCCAGGACUCGAUAUCCAAAAAGGGCAAAGGACAUGCAGAUUACGAUUCGGGAAAUGACACGUCAUCUCCACUGUCAAGUAAAACAGGCAUCCCAAAGUCAAAGGUGUCCGGAAACGGAAAGAUCUCAUGCCAGGAUCUGACAUCUCCUGAGAAGCUUAGGCUAGUCGAUGGAGACAAUGCCUCAGAUUCAGGCAACUCUCUAACCAGCUAUGACUCUCUGGGUAAACCAGUGCUCAAAGAAAACACCCUUCACAGCUCUGUCUUCAACAAGCUCAAAGGUGAAGAAGCGGGCACGUGCUCUGAUUUGGGGAAGACACAGCCCCUGGGUGUCGUCACUGAUAGGAAUCGGAGUCUGCCUUAUGAUAGAUAUCAGGAUCGAGCGAGGUCCCGCAGCAGAAGCAUAUCAUCCCAAAGCAGAUACUCAGGGCGCUAUUCCAGAAGCCGAUCCCUGUCCUCAGGGAGGAGAUCAUAUUCCCGUUCAUCCAGUUAUUCACUGGAUUCUCGGAGAGACAGUCUGUCUAGUGCGAGCAGUCACCGCAGUUUAAAUCACUCACGGUGCACACUAGACAGGUUUCGAGAGCGGAAAAGAGACUGCAGUUCCUGCAAGAAUAGAAAGCACAGCAGGAGAAGACCUUGCUCUCCAAUGAGGAAGAGAAGAAGAGAUUCCCCCAGUCACCUGGAAGCCCGUAGAAUUACAAGUGCCAGAAAGAGGCCGGUCCCCUACUACCGUCCCAGUCCCUCCGUCAGCAGCCGAUCCUCCAGCCUCUUGUCCUGGCGUCUGUUUACUCUCAGUCGCAGCCGUUCACGGAGUCGCAGCCGCAGUCGCAGUCACACUUACUCGUCAUACAGGAGCUACAGUCGCAGCUCGUCGUGGAACUCUAUGUACAGCAGACGCAGUCGCAGUCGGAGCAGAAGCUAUGACUCAGUAGUGAGCUACAGCAGAGCCCGUCGCUAAUUUACAGAAGAACCAGAUGCCAGAAUGCUGAGCUACAGCACAAUCCCAGGACCACAUCUCACUGUAACUGGAAGUGAAAUGGAGCGGCGCUGAGAACAUGCUGUGCUUAGAUGUGGAACACCAGGCAGUGACAGGAUCAUCUGUUCAGUGUCAGAUAAGACUGAAGCUUUCCAUAUUGUUGUGUACUAAACUGUGUGCUUUCAUCCAUCCCGUUCAAAGGAAAACUUGUCAAUCAAUCACAAAGCCUGCUGUUGUAGGAAAGACCGGACCGGGAAAUUCAAUCUGUGAGUUCUGCUAUUCCUUGUUUUGCUCAUAGGUGAGAGGAUAUUGUUAGUCGUUUAUCAAAACCGGCGUGGUAGAUAAAAGGAAGUGCAGGGUCACUCACCAGACGCUCAUAGCCUUGACCGUAAAAACCCAUGUUUGAAUCUAUCGUAUUUUUCUAGUGUUUCUCUUUUUUAUAGGAGAUGUCAGAAGCGCUUGAGGAGAAAGAUUUAUUGCUUCCAUAACAGCUGCUUCUGUGUUGCCCACACCUUUGAAAAAUGUGCCAUCCGAAUCGGCCCCACUGGCAAACGCACACCCCAUCAGCCCAAAUGCCAGCUUUAUUUAUCUUCUGUUGAACUGGAAAACAAUUCAAAUGUCACUGGCUGUGAUGGAGAUGGUGAUGAUGGUGGUGGUGGACAAUCAAAACGCAGCGGAUGUGCUCCACUGGUGGGAACCGUUUUGCGGGUCCAGGCGUUACCAAAUACAUUAACAUACAUAUUAAUCUUGCAGACCUCAAGAGAUAGAAAGAUAUUUGUAUCUGUAGGACUCGAGGCUGCGUCUGAGUGAACAAAGAAAAGGUAAAUUUUCCCCGUCCUGUUGUUUCUGAGAUUCAAAGCACUGCUAUAAUUGUGACCCUGCCUGUGAAAACACAGCUAAAGUCUGAGAUCCGCU